CAGUCUGUUAGCAGCGCCGGUGCGUGUGAAGGCACUUGAGGGCAGCAGGAUGGAAUCAGAAAGAGAAAUCAUCGACCUCCAACCUGGGAACCCCAGCUCCGGGAGGAGCCAGCCCAUCAACCUGAACCACUAUGCCACUAAGAAAAGCGUGGCAGAGAGCAUGCUGGAUGUGGCCCUCUUCAUGUCCAACGCCACGCGUCUGAAAGCAGUGCUGGAGCAGGGACCAUCCUCCCAUUACUACACCACCCUCGUCACCCUCAUCAGCAUCUCUCUGCUCCUGCAGGUGGUCAUCGGAAUCCUCCUCGUGGUCAUCGCGCGGCUGAACCUCAAUGAGGUGAGAAAGCAGUGGCAGCUGAACCAGCUCAACAACGCUGCCACCACCCUGGUCUUCAUCACGGUCGUCAUCAACGUCUUCAUUACGGCCUUCGGGGCACACAAGACGGGCUUCCUGGCUGCCAGGACCUCAAGGAAUCCUCUCUGAACACAGCCUGGGACCCAGGUCCCAGGUCUGGAACAGCUUCCGCCUCUUUCCUCCCCGCUCGGCUAGGCUGAUGGGACACUUUCCACAGCCCCUGGGAGAGCUCCGAGAAGGGCAAAGGAGAUGCCCUUGCUCCCUACCCAGAGCAUCUGAAUGAAGACGUGCAAUUUUACUGGUCUAAGUGAAUCCCAUCUUGGUCUGGAGUCCUGAGCUCAGACUGGGGCACUGCCAACCUUGCUUUCUGGUAGCAUCUCCCGCACCUUAAGGCGUGUCUACCU